CUGACACUCUGGGUGACAGAAAGCUUCGAAUGAGAAGAACAAGAAGAAAUAAAUAUGUAUGUACAUAUUUAUUUGAUCAUUUGCGAAGUGUUUUUCAAUCCUCAUAAAUAAUUGCAAACCAAACAUUUAAUUAUGGAGAUUUCGGAAAAUAUUUGUCGCAUAUGUUUAGCCGGUGGCACAACGGACAUUGAUUGUCUCAUGGUUGACAUAUUUGAGGAAAAGAAGGAAUUUUCCAUCCCAGAUGUUUUGCAAAUUAUAUGUGGCUUAGAGGUAUCUGAAGAAAGUCAACUCCCUAGACUUAUUUGCGUUAUAUGUUACUCGCGACUAGCAGAUGCAUAUAACUUACGAGAGCAAUGCCGGCAAGCACACGAAACGCUCGUUGUUAUGUUUAAUAAUACGAGAGAUAGCGGCAAGUGUGAAGAAAAUGAACAAGAUGGCAUGUUCGAUAUAGAGUAUCUAGAUGAUCCAGAAGAAGAUGUUCAAGAGACCGGAGAAGAGAUUACGGAAAUAAAAGAGGAACUGGUCGAAGACAUGUGUGCGAUAGACAUUCAGGACACCGUUAUUGAAGAUGAACUCGUUAAUCGAUGCUGUGGGUGUGAUAAAUCUUACAAAACCGAACUAGAGCUAAGAAAACAUUCAAUUCGUUUACAUCGUCGCAAUCAAAUAGAUACUACCGAGGAAGGAAAGGUGCAGUGUAAUGUGUGCUUUGGAAACUUCAGCAGUGCUUACAAAUUAAAGAUUCACAAGACUGGAAAGAAUAAUUUAAAAUCACUCCAGAAAUGUAAUUAUUGCGGCUGCAUUUUUUUCUCCAGCAGCGGUCUUCUGAAUCACCAAAAGUUGUUUCAUACGGACAAGCUCUUCAAAUGUUGCAGAUGUGAUUUCAGCAGUCUAGAGAUUAGUAAACUUUUGCUGCAUGUAGAAGAACAUAGAGAAGUGAAUCCUUCAAAGUUUCAAGCAUCGCGAUAUCAAUGUAAUCUGUGCCUAACACGAUUUGAAAACGCUGAAGAUGUAAGAACUCAUGAGCGCUAUCCAUAUCGGAAAUUUAAAACUAAGCAAAGUAAAUCAGAAAAUAGCAUCGAUUUUAACGUAAUUCGUUGCUGUGGUUGUCCUAAAAUCUUUAACUCUACUGCCGAUUUGCGCGACCACCAGGAAAAAGUUCACUUUCCGCAACGAACGAUAUCGACCGCUAGUCUGGAAGGUGAGUUGUCUAUUGAAUGUGGGGGCUGCUAUAGAACGUUCCGAAGUGAUAGUAUGCUACAAAAACACCUUCAACGCGCUGCAAAAAGAAAACUUUACGCUUGUAGUAAGUGCAGCGUUUCACGACGCACUUUGAAGGAAUUGAAGGAGCAUGAAGCUACUCAUAUGGGAAGAGGGGCUUUUAUCUGUUGUGGAUGUCGUAAGGGCUUUGAAACGCAGGAUGCCUUAGAUAAUCACUCACUAGAGAUUCAUGCCAAACGACCAAAGAUUUACCAUAACGACGCAUCGGAUACGGAGAGACCUUUUGAAUGCCCUAUAUGCUACCGGCGGUACAAAACGUCGAGAGAUCUUCGAGGUCACCAACGAUACGUUUACUACGAUAAGGCUCAUAUGUGCGAAAUUUGCGGAAAAGGAUUCGCUCAGGAAAGUAUACUCACAGUGCAUAUGGCACGGCACAAAUCCGAAGCUAAUUUUCCUUGUCCAAUCUGUGGCAAAAAAUAUAAACAUGAAACGAUUGUUCGCGAUUGUAUCACUCGCCAUAAUAGACCCAAGGAACAUAAGUGCAAAAUCUGUAACGUCAGAUUUUCAGGAGCUUCAAAUCUUUAUUCGCAUAUGAUAUCGCACUCGGAAGAUCGCCGUUAUAAGUGCGACAUUUGUGGUCAAAAGUUCAAACGAAGCUUUCACCUUAGAAAACACAAAAGUAUCCAUACUAGCGAAAGGAACUAUCCGUGUAGAUACUGCCCGUCGCGGUUCAGCUCCACGACUGAGCUAUACAAGCACGAGAUCCGUCACACAGGACAAUAUCCAUAUGAAUGCAGCUUAUGCAGCAAAAAGCUUACGACACGUCAGGUCUACAUAAAACACUUCGAAAGUCAUAUCGAAGACCGUCACAAAAUAUUUUGUUGUGAAAUUUGCCCACAACGCUUCAGUCAGAACCACUUCUUGUCGAAUCACAUAAAAUACACACAUCGGAUUGAGCCGCAAGACAAAAACUGGAACGAAAAGUUCAACCGGCGGGGGCCCAGAAGAACAAAAGGAGGUUCCAGAGUAGCUGGAGUUAGGUUUAUAGAUACUGCAGGAGCUUGUGAACCAGAAGAAACAACUCCGGAAAUAGAAACGAUGUCAGGUUUGGAAAUAGUAGACGAGGAAGUAGAGUUGGAGAAUGAUUGUGAAUAGGGUUUGUUAGAGCAAAGUUAUCAAGCAUUACUUGCUGCAAAAUGAACAAAUGUUUGCAAAUGAAUAAACAAAAAAGUAAUACCAUAA